AAUGUAAACAAUGUUGUGGCAGUACAGAUUGGUACGGUUGGUACCAUGGAACCGGUUUGUGUGCCGGCAAAUGAUUGAACUCCGUUCUUUCUCCAGUCUGCCGGUUCGUUUUGCCGGUCAUAAUACUACUCUACACAGGAGCUUCAGUAAGGUGAAGGACAGCGCUGUGACGGAGAUGUAUUUUGAGGAGAUAUUUGAGCAAGGAUACGAGGCUCAGGAUCCAUUGUUUGAUCUCAGACAUUUUCUGUAUCCAGACUCAGGGGAUACAUAUAUACAGGUUUUGUCGAACGCGUCGAAUGUAUCGGAAGUAUUAUCCUGUAUUGCGGAGAUACAGGAACCAUUACCCUCACAUUUAACACAGGCUCUAGCUACCCUUCACCAUUUCCAGAAAGUUUAUCAGUUCCGAUCCUAUGAUUUCAGGAAGGAGGCUGAAGACAGUUUUGUCAGCUUCAACUCUCAGCUAGUGGAGGAGGACGGGUUCAAGCUGAUCCUUAAACUCAUAGAGAAGGUUCUGCCAAUGAUGACCUUCUUAGAGAAUUCAUUCAGUUUAAUGGUUUUAAGGUAG